AUGAGCAUCCUGAGCAGCCGCCCCUACCUCACCGCCAUCCUCACCCUCCUCGCCAUCACCAGCUACUACUACUACACCGCCAUCUGCACGCCAUCACCAUACACCACCUCCAAAAUGGCCGCCAUCACCACCGGCGACCUCUCGCACCUCCACGUCUCGGUCGCGCAGUCGUCCACCUCGCCACCCACCCUCACCCUCACCCUCAAAAACACGCACCCCUCCACCACCCUCACCCUCCUCAACUGGGAGUCCCCCCUCGACCCCCUCGCCCUCCAGCUCGGCCUCAUCUCCGUCUACGGCGGCGGCUCCGACGAGCCCCUCCCGCUCGCCACCAUCCAGGUCAGCCGCAAGCUGCCGCCGGGCCGCGACCAGCUCGUCUCGCUGGGGCCCGGCGAGAGCAAGAGCCAGGACGUGGUCCUGCGCGAGCCCGUCGUGCCGCUGAAGAAGGUGAAGGAGGCCGGAGGGAAGACGGUGAAAGUCGCGUGUAAGGGGAGGUGGAAGGCGGUGUGGGCCCCGGCCGAGGGAGCGGCGGGGGUUGCGGAGAAGGCGUUGGAGAAGAUGGAGGCGGAUGAGGGGGCGGUGAGCGGGGAGUGGGAGGCUGAGGCGGUGGAAGUGGAGGUGUGA